CUUCGGCACCACAGAGUGGGCAAAACAGCGGGCAAAACAGCGCGUGAACUCCUCACCGACAUGGAUGCCGCCAAAAUUAACAGUACCCAGCACUGCCUCGUUAUCGCACUGAUCUCCUCAUUUGACCACGCAUGAUUGGUUUGCUUUGGCACUAAACGUGUUCCUCGGUGUCGCACGGCCGAUAUUUUUUAAGCAGCUGCCUGUUGCGUUUCCCGGCCGUGACAGUGGAGACUAUACAUAUUCUGUUUAUAAAGAAAAGUCGAUAGCCAAUUGACCCGAGCUCUCUUGACAACAUCCUCGUCUUGUAGAUUCACAGAGCAGCAAACAUGUCGGACCUCGCCACCAUCCCGUACGACGCUCCUCUAUCCUUCCGCGAGCCCAGCUUCUUCUGGACCCGUUACUACUCCGCUCGUGGUGCAAGCGGCACCCUCUUGACCCGCAAGGAUGUGCCAUUCACCGACUUGAGCGGCAAGUGGAUCGUCAUCUCUGGUUCCAACAACGGUAUCGGACGUGAGGCGGCCAUCUACUUCGCCCAGUGUGGCGCCAACUUGAUCCUCGCCUGCCGAAGCCCUCCUCCUCACGAGCGCCACCCCAACGAUGUCGUUCAGGAGUGCUUGACCGCUGCUAAAUCUCGCGGCUACGAGAAGUCCACCGUCGAGUGGUGGGAGAUCGACAUGACCAAGUUCUCCACCGUUGAGGCAUUCGCUAAGCGAUGGCUCGACACCGGACGUCCUCUGGACAUUCUGUGCAACAACGCCGGUAUGGGAAGCAACCCCGGUGGUAUCGGCAAUGUCCUCAAGACUGGCGACGGUCUUGAAUUCGUUCACCAGGUCAACUUCGCGGCUCACGUCCUCCUCACUCUCCGCCUGCUCCCCAGCAUCCAGAAGGCUAAGGAGCCUCGCAUUGUCUGCACCACUUCCUGCCUGCACUACCACGGAAAGUACCGUCUUUCUAACUGGGACGGCAGCGGCUGCAAGCUCAUUGAGUUCUACGCCAACAACAAGCUCUACUUCCAGAUCUGGGUCGCUGAAAUGAACCAACGUCUCCUUCGCAAUGAGAAGCUCAAGCACAUCACCAUUAACGGUGUUCACCCAGGUUUCGUCAACACCGGCAUCUGGAACUUCCAGGUCGGCAAGGGCCCAUUUCAACUCAUCGAGAUUCUCAUCAAGUUCAUCCUCGGCUGGCUCGCUGGCUUCGUCGGUGUCACCGCCGAGCAAGGCAGCUACUGUAUUCAGAACGCUGCGACCAGCUUGGGUGCCGGCCCCAACCCUGCAUACCAGGGUGUUGGUGUGAGCGGCGGUAAGGGUGGAGGACGAUACUUCAACCGUAUCUGGGAGGAGGUCGCCAUGCCUCACGCUGCCGACCCUGACGCUCGUCUGCGUGUGUGGAGGAAGCUCAACGAGGAGCUCAAGCUCUCGGAGAAGGGUCUCCUCGAGGGUCUUGGCCAGUAAACGGGAUUUUCUUGCAUCUUCUUCGGCUUCUUUUUCCUUUGUUCUAUUGGAAUGGGCUUUUCGCAACGGAAUGUAUAGAACAUGCAGGGCGCAUGAUAUGACGCUGGCAGCAUUUCACGAACGAACGAUGAAAUGUCCCUUGUCGGCUUGGGCACGAAAACAAUCUAGACUAUUUAUAUGGCAAUGGAUCGUAUGAAACUCGCACGAUAAUCCCACUC